GUUCAUCACUUCAUCAGUCAUGUUUUAAGAAAUUGAGAUAGACAUUUUAAUUAUUGUAGGUAUUUACUUUUUAAUUCAUAGAUUGUGACUAAUACUUUAUUAAUAGCCCACUUGAUUCCGCUAACUCCAGUAUGGCAGGAGAUUGACAAGACUGAUUACAAUGUUAAAGUCUAUUGUGCAGCACAAAAUCUUAACUUCUUUGCCAGAUGAUAGACCAAUAACUGCCAUACAAAUUGUAGAGAAUUUGGAAAAAUGUCCUAGAGGAUUCUUUGCAAUCAGCAAAACUUAUGAUCAAGAUUCAGAUGCUGAUCUGAGAGAGAGCUCAAUUUUUAAGAGUAGUUCAGCCAGAUAUCUUUGUUUAUCGAAAACUGAAGGGCUACCAAAUUUUGUAAUACAAGAAAUAUUAGUUCUUGGCGACAAAUCUAAUCCACCACAGGGUUUCAGUUUAUUAAAUAAGACUGCAGAUAGUGAACAAAAAGCUUGGAAGAAGAAACAGAUUUGUUAUAGAUUAGUGAAUAGAAAAGAAAUCAGAACUGCUGUAACAGAUAUAAUUAUUUGUAGCCGACUGAGAAAAGCUCCUACAGGAUUUUCAUUUGCGGGAGAAAUCAACGGAGUGACAAUUUGCUACAAGAUGGGAAAUGUUCAAGAUUCUCAAGCAGACCCGAAUUCCAACCCAACGCCUCCUCAACGACCUCCAAAACCCAAUGCAAUGUCUCCAGGAGGAGUUAAUCCAAUGUACCCUGCACUCUCAGAUAACAACCACGACUAUGAAAUUCUAAGACCAGGGGGGUAUCCUUCAACUCCUGUUGCUCCUGGAGGGCCCAUUCGACCAGCUCCUAAACCUCCAGGUGCUGUCCCUCAUCAAAACUCAACACAGACUUUGGUGAUAACUUAUCAAAAUGGUUUGGAUGGUGUGCCAUUUAUCAUCAAUCCGAAAUUUCUAGCAUCCAAUAGUGGUGACAGGUUUCAGUUUCCAAGAAUAAAAGCAAGGACAAUGCAACAAAUUUUGAAGGAUUACGAUUACCCCUUCACAGUUGAAAGGCAAACUUGAAUUUUCACAAGUGCCUUUUCUAGUGAACUGAACUGAAUUCGUAAAAAGUUUUAUAUCCAUUUCGAUCAUACACAUUGUGCUAUCUUAAUUCGUAAAGGUAGAAAUUUAAGCCCAUUUUAUGAUAUGUUAUAUGAAACAAAUUAAAUCGACUAUUUUUAUGUUAGUGAUUAUAUUAGAGAGUAAGUUAUUUACUGCAUCACGAAACUUUACAACACUGUAGUUAACAAAAGAGCCUUAAUGACUAUAACUUGCAGUGUAUAUGAAAAUUCACCUAUCCAAUAAGUAUCUUAUCUUUCAUUGCCAUUUUUAAUUGCAAGUCAUUGUCAUUUUUAUCAACAUGUGACUGCUACCAAGGCAGAUUAGUUACAUUUUUAUAAAGCGAAAUAUAUUAUUUUAUUGAGAUAAUUGAUCGAAAUCUUGAGUUAGAGUGGAAAAAAACGUGUGGUUUUAAUCGAAAUUUGUAGAGCAACUAUUGAUUAAUAUUUCAAAUUGGAAUUCUGGACAAGCCACUUUUGAACUCAAUACCAAAAUGUUAGCUCACUAUUUUUUCUACCUUUCUGGCCUUUCCUGGUAUUCCAGAUAAUAUCACAGAAUUUGGUGUUUAUCAUAAGUGAUAUAUAUGUAUUAGAGAUUUGAUUAUAUUGUUAGUGAAGUUGCCAAUAUUUUAUAAUCUAAUAGUAGUUAUUUUGUUAAUAAACAGUAAUUAAUUGAG